GGGCAGCCCCGGCGCACAGCCGCGGCCGGGGCGCGCGGCGCGGGGCGGAAAAGCCUGUUUACACAGCCUGCACACCGCCUGGGGAAUAAUGCAGGAAAGGAAGUGAGCCGGCUCGGCCUGACUGCUCCAACUUCCUGCUCUCACACACACCAGAGGAGGGGGGGGGGGUGAAAAAAAGAGGAGCGAGAGAAAGAAAAAAAAAGGGGGAAAAAUCAGGAUCUCAUUACAAGAGCAACAGAGCGUCUGCAGACGCCUGUCAGCAUGGCAAGUCGGGGGCUUUCGCCCGGGUCCUCCUAGACCUUGCCCCGAAGACGGCUCCUGAAGGCUCCCCCGCGUCUGGGCAUGGAGAGUGCAAUCACCCUGUGGCAGUUCCUGUUGCAGUUGCUCUUGGACCACAAACAUGAGCACCUGAUCUGCUGGACAUCCAACGAUGGUGAAUUCAAGCUCCUCAAAGCCGAAGAAGUGGCCAAGCUGUGGGGACUCCGGAAAAACAAAACAAACAUGAACUACGACAAGCUGAGCAGGGCCCUGCGCUACUAUUACGACAAGAACAUCAUCAAGAAGGUGAUCGGGCAGAAGUUCGUGUACAAGUUCGUCUCCUUCCCGGAGAUCCUCAAGAUGGAUCCGCAUUCCGUGGAGAUCAGCCGCGACGGCCUCCUGCUGCAGGACAGCGACUGUAAGGGCCCCGUGCACGGCCGCGAGGCCCACAAGCACAGCCUGGCCGCGCUCAAGGGCGCCGGCCGCAGCGAGUACAUCCACUCCGGCCUCUACUCCUCCUUCACCAUCAACUCCCUGCAGAACGCGCCCGAGGCCUUCAAGGCCAUCAAGACGGAGAAGCUGGAGGAGCCGCCCGAAGACAGCCCCCCCGUGGAAGAGGUCCGGACUGUGAUCAGGUUUGUGACCAAUAAAACCGACAAGCACAGCACCCGGCCCGUCGUGUCCCUGCCCUCGACGUCCGAGGCUGCGGCCGCCUCCGCCUUCCUGGCCUCGUCGGUCUCCGCCAAGAUCUCCUCUCUGAUGCUGCCCAACGCCGCCAGCGUUUCGUCCACCUCGCCCUCCUCCUCGUCUCGGUCCCCCUCCCUGUCCCCCACCUCGCCCCUCCCCUCUGAACACAGAAGCCUCUUCCUGGAGGCGGCCUGCCAUGACUCGGAUUCCCUGGAGCCCUUGAACCUGUCGUCGGGCUCCAAGACCAAGUCUCCGUCUCUUCCCCCAAAGGCCAAAAAGCCCAAAGGCUUGGAGAUCUCCGCGCCCCCGCUGGUGCUUUCCGGCAGCGACAUCGGCUCCAUCGCCCUCAACAGCCCAGCGCUCCCGUCGGGAUCCCUCACCCCAGCCUUCUUCACCGCGCAGACACCAAAUGGAUUGCUUCUGACCCCAAGUCCACUGCUGUCCAGCAUACAUUUCUGGAGCAGCCUUAGUCCAGUUGCUCCAUUGAGUCCUGCCCGGCUGCAGGGGCCAAACACGCUGUUCCAGUUCCCCACACUGCUUAACGGCCACAUGCCAGUGCCAAUCCCCAGUCUGGACAGAGCUGCUUCUCCAGUAUUGCUUUCUUCCAACUCCCAGAAAUCCUGAUGACAUCUGGCCGAAAUUAAGGACUCAUUAACAGAUGAAACAGAUCUGUCCCAUGGGCUAGUGUACCUGUGUCGUAAGAAGGACAUCGUGAAACCCCCUGUUAAUUUGGUUUGCACUUUUCAUAACAUGGAUAGUCUAGAUUUAUGUUAGCAUUUUAAAAACUGUUUUUAUAUAUAUUCAAGUAUAUAUGAAAAUCUGUUUUGCAUUAAGUGAAUUUUAAUGUCUGUUUUUAUAUCCUCGUAGCUCUUAAGUGUUGAACACUGUUGACAGUGAAGAACUUUUCUUAAUGGUUUUCAGUAUAACUAAUAAGGAUGUGAAGCUUUUUUCCUUAAUUCUGCAUAUGUUGAACUGUGCUUAUAACACCUAUAACCAGCUGUGCCUUCUUUUGCAUUUAGUUUAUGUAAAUGAUUUAUAUAUUUUUUAGUAUUAAGAAAAAUGAAAGACAAAAAUUAGUAACAAACAGCUCUCUAGUAGAAUUUCAUUGUUUUUCACAAAUAAGCAAUGUGAAAGCAUAAUCAUAUCACUUUUUUUUGCUUUCAAUUGUUAAGAAUUGCCUUAGAACAUUUUUGAACUGAAACUCAGUAAAUGUAGUGUCCAAGUAACAUUUUUAUAAGAAUAAACCAAGCCAUAUUUAGACAAUAAAAAUUCGUAAGAGAAAAUGCUCUAAAGUACAUUUUUAAAGAAAUGAACUUAGAUGCCACUGAAACAAAAAUCAGAGAAGAGUUACAUCAAAUUCAUAGUAUCUUGGGCCCCUAGGGUAUUCCCUGUUAGCGUAUUCUUAUUUUAAAAACGAGCCCUGGUUCUCUCCAUUUUCCACAGAGUCACAUCAUCUGAUAUAUUUACUGUGUUAGAGCUCCCAGACUACAGAUGAAUCCAAACAACAGUUUUGUUACAUCAUGUAUUGUCACGAUUUUCAUGCAUCAGUAACCUCCUUACAACAAACAAAACGAAGUACUGAAGCUCUGACUUGUGGAAAUUCAGAGGGAGGAUACACUACUCAAUGAAUUACUAAAUUUAUGCUGAGAAUAAAGGAAAUCUAAAAAAUAUUCUGAAGGAACUUAUUGUGGAACUGAACUGAUAAAAGAAUUACAGUAUUCCAAACUGUUGUGUGCUGUGGUUUACAGCAGUGAUAAUUUUUGUUGUUGUUGUUCCUUCAGAAAAUCAGCAGGCAUUGCACCUGUAUAGAAGUAGCAAAGUUAAUUGUGACCAUUAACUACACGUAAUAGGGAUCGGUUUGAAAUGAACCAAAUAACUGAUGCAAGCCAGGUAUUAAAUUACAGGGAUUAUUAGAAAGAUUAGAGAAAACACAUGCCUCCUUGAUUAUGAAGUAACAGGAGUGCAUCCAAAAUCCACAUAGACAAUACUGUCACCCUCUUACAGGCUAAAGAUGAUUCUGCAGUAAUACAAUAAAGGGAGGUGUUUCAGGGAACUGGUGGUUACAGUAGAAUGCAGAAUGUUCAGAGUUAGGAGGGGCCUUCAAGAAUGCCUCCCACCAGUUUCCAGGUCAGGACAGGUGCACAGGAGAAGCUGGGGGUUGCCUGAGGCCACAAAGCUCUGAAGACAGAACAGUGAGUGUGUUCAGUCUGAUUGUCCCCAGUGCCUUGCUAUAAGUAAUCAUUGGCCCAAACUAUGUUAGGUAAGAAAAAGAUAAAUUGUUUUGCGAGGUAAGAUUAGUCUUUCUAAAAUGUAAGAAUCUUAGAAAAUUAACUAAUGUGCAAAAAAUAUAGAUAUAUCUGUAUCUUUAGAAUUUUAAGAUGUAAAAGCUGACUGGAAAUUUGGUCCAAAGGAAUAUAAAUUGAUUUUAUUCAAAUACUGUGAUGAACACGUGCUCUAAUUUUUAUUAUAGAUGAAAAAAUACAAUUUUUGGUGGGUCAGGAUACUCACUGUAGCAGACAAGGUAUUGAAGUGUCUCUUAAGCUCUGCCUCAUUCUGUGUGUGUGUGUGUUUUAAAUAUGUAUUUUAGCCAGAAAAUAGGUUUCAAAGAACAUUAGAUACCCCACUCCCUUUUAUAUGUGUCUGCUUGAUCAAUGUUAAACUACUGUGGCUUAAGUUUUCUGGAACCACAAGUAUAUAACCUGAACAUUGGUCUCUUUGUACACAUCUUUUCUAUGACUUGAAAUCUUCAUUCACUUUCAUAUAUGUAUCAUUUUUAUUAUUAUACUAUUUUUGUUCAAUAAAUACUUUGUGAUAAAAGA